CUAUAAAGUGCGCAAGGAGCCGUCGUCGCUUAUUGGGUGUAGUGCGUGAGCGAAGGGAUCAAGGGAGCGAAUCGGAUGGGUGCUCGAUGUGAUGUGAUGUUUGCGGUGCAUUGUGGGAAAGAGGAAGACUAGCAGCCGGCAGAGAAAUGGACGUGUUCCUGAUGAUCCGACGUCACAAGACGACCAUCUUCACAGACGCCAAGGAGUCGACCACAGUGUAUGAGCUGAAGCGCAUCGUCGAGGGCAUCCUGAAGAGAGUGCCUGAGGAGCAGAGACUGUACAAGGAUGACAUGUUGUUAGAAGACAGUAAGACACUUGGAGAUUACGGUUUCACAAACCAGACAGCAAGACCUCAGGCUCCUGCUACAGUGGGACUCGCCUUCCGCAUCAGCGACGAAGUGUUUGAGCCGCUGCGUGUGGACACUUUCUCCAGUCCUCCAGAGCUGCCAGAUGUGAUGAAGCCCCAGGACUCGGGCAGCACGGGGAACGAGCAGGCUGUACAGUGAAAGAUGGGAGAAUGCAGGAUCUGUGGGCGUGUAUGUGUGUGGGAAUCUGGGCUGUGUGUGUGUGUGUGUUCUUGGAUAUAGCAGGGUGUGGGGUGUAUGAGAGGUGGAGUGCGUGUGUGUGUGUGUGUUUGAUCCUGUGUGAUGUGACACUUACUGAAAUAAAUGUUGUAAUUUUUCCA